GCAGGUGGGGAAUCGUUUUGACCACACCCACUUGAUUGGGUUGUACUAUUGGGGACGACGACGACGACGACUUCAUUUUCCAUCCUCACAGAUCCAAUUUCAAUGGCUUCCAGUUCUUCCUCCAGUAGUAUGGCUUCUACUAGUCCUCAUGCCAGCUAUGAUGUUUUUCUAAGUUUUAGAGGCGAAGAUACUCGUGAUUCUUUUACGGAUCAUCUUUACCAUGCAUUAAACAGAGCAGGAAUUAAUACUUUUAGGGAUAACGAAGAAAUUGACAGAGGUGAAAAACUGAAUCCAGAGAUCGGGAGAGCAGUUAAAGAAUCUAGGGCUUCAAUAGUUGUAUUGUCACCAAACUAUGCCACUUCCACUUGGUGCCUUGAUGAGCUAUUGUCGAUUCUGAAGCAAAGGAAAGAGUGUAAUCAUUUUGUUCUACCUGUUUUUUAUCAUGUUGAUCCUUCUGAUGUGAGAAAACAGAAUAAAACUUUUGCAAUCCAAGUCAAAGGCAAUCAAAGGUGGACAGAUCACAACGUGAACUUGUGGAAAAGAGCUCUUACAGAGGUUGCUGAUUUGGCCGGCAUGGUUCUGUCCGGGCCUGAAACAGAGUUUAUAAAGGAAAUCGUUGACACCAUUUACAAUAAACUGGAUCGAAAAGAAGUUCAUCUUCCACUCAAUCUAACAGGAGUUUGGCUUAGUAGCGAUUCUUAUAAGAUAUUAAGCAAAGGAGAGGGUUCAGAAACAAUGGAAGGUUUAGCAAUGGACAUGCCAAUGCUAAGGGCAGAGAAGAUUGCAUUCAAGUCAUCAAACCUCAAGACAGAUGCACUUAAAAAGAUGGAUAAACUAAAACUGCUCCAACUAAAUUUUGUGCAACUCAUUGGGUCUUACGAGAAUUUUUCAGAAGAUUUAAGGUGGCUGAGCUGGCUUGGAUUCCAUUUAAGAACCAUACCCUUCGAAUUGUUCAUGGGAAACUUGGUGGCCAUAGAUAUGAGCUAUAGCAACCUGGAAGUCUUUGAACCUCCCAUGGUUCUUCAAUCACUACAGAUUCUAAACCUUAAAGACUCUCACAAUCUAUUUGAAAUCCGCAAUAUGUCCAUGAUCCCUCAUCUUGAGACUUUGAUUCUUUGGAACUGUUACAGUCUGGUUCAUGUUUGUGAAACUAUUGGAGACCUAACAAGUCUUACACUGCUGAACAUGACAGGGUGUGCAAACCUAUGCAAGAGGGAGCAAACAAAUGUUUUAGUAGGAUUAGAAGCUUCUAGUUCUAGUGGAGGUGUUGCAUUUUCCUUCCCACUUUCAUUACACAGGUUAUUCCUCCAAGACUGCAAUCUUGAAUGUAGUACUGAUUCUUUUCCUCUGAGUUUCAGUCUUCAAAUAAAUUUGCAGUACUUGAACUUAGGCAAUAGUCUAUUUGAGUUUCUGCCUUGUUAUGAUCAUCUUAAAAAUCUUCGGGUCCUUGACUUGUGUUUGUGCUCAAGGCUUAAAUGGCUUCUAUGUCUCCCAAGUACACUUGCAGAAUUGUAUAUAUACUACUGUAACUCAUUGGAGAAAAUAAGUUUCCAAUCUUAUCGAUUCACUUUACAAGAGUUUGGUUAUGAAGGCUGUAUUAGUUUGUCUGAAAUUGAAGGCUUUUUUAAAUUGGUGCCUCUAGCCAAACUUGAAGAAAACGAUUUGGGACACAUGAAAUGGCUAAAACAAUAUCAAAAUCAUGAGGUGUCCCUUGUUGGUGAUGAUGAGCUCACUAAAGGCAGAAGCUCGUGUGUCCAGAUGUUGUAUGAAUUUGAUAUAAUGAGCACAUCUCUCCCAGACAUAAAGGAUCCAAACAUGACACCAAAGUACGCAUCAGAAUUAUCGUCUUUGUCCUUUGACGUGCCUUCAUGUCCUGAUAAUAGAAAGCUCAUAGGACUUAAUGUAACAUUCAAAUAUGUAAUAUUUGGUGACGAUUGUGCAUGGUUUUGUAAAAUUACUACGAAUAAUGGUGUUGAUUUGAUGUACAACCCUAAAGUUUUUGGCAAACCCGAAUUUGGUAAAGUUGGUCACGAAUGUGGUGUGAGCCUUGUUUAUGCUACUGAUGAAACUUUGGAAAAUAACAUAGAAAUUCUUGGAGGAGAUUUGUCUGGAUUUCAACUAAGCACAGGAGCUUACUAUCUUUGUCGACGUGAUUUCUUUGAGUUAAUGGAGGUUGGUAGACUGACACCUGGUUGGUUUAGAAUUUUAGUUGGCGAUACCAUUGACUAUACAGAGGUACGAGGAUGGAGAAAGACAGGUCGACCUAAGCAUUUGAAUCCAUCUUUUACAGAAUUGAAAACUGUUCGAUGA